AAUCGCCUGCCUAACCUUAAGUUUAGCUACUACACUGUAGUAUGUGAAUAGCAGCAGGCCACACGAAUUUCGCUCUUCAUAUUGAUUUCUUUAGACGGCUCUGAUUUACAAUAUUCACGGUUUUGUCAGCCAGUAGUGGCAUUUAGGCGUGAAAGUAGACAUAUUGGUAUUUUAGAUAGCGUGUGAUAAUUUGUGCAACGACUUCAGAUACGAGCAAGGUCUCGGGACAAGGCAUCACCUUUUGGAAGGACACAUUUUCACCAGGUUGAACUCUUCGAUAGCUUUUAUGUUCCUUCUAUAGGCUAGUGUUGGACUGUCCUCUUGGCGUAUGUGUCUGUUUGUCACAUUCCCUCUGGAAGUCUAUGGAGAGAAUUCUUUCAACUUGGAUGUUAUCCUCACGCGACUCUGGAUUUAGUUACGUACUGUGAGAGGUACACGCGUAACCCCCAGAGACCAGACGUUGAAUGUUGACUUUACGACAAGAGUAGUCGAAAACACCUGACUUUACCCGAUUUGAAUGCCUGUGCAAGGAUUUUGUUGGUUUCUGUGCUGCAGGCAGGGUUUCAAUUUGCUCGGACGGGACUAUGGGGAGAAAGAGGAGGAAGAAUCGUUUGAGUUGCGCAACAAGGAGGAUCUGACUUGCAACGGACGUGGUCCACUUGAGGUGACUCUCUCUCAGCCGACUCGCACAGCCAAUGGGACAAACGGACACAGUCUGUCAGAGGUUCCUGAUGAGAUGAAGAGUCUGAUCAUAGAGAAGAGCAAGAUGGGCCUUGAAGAAGACCCCGAGCUGCUGGUCAAAGGCUGGCUGUUCCGGGAGGUGCGUGGAAGCUGGAUCAAGCAGCGUUGCUACUGGUUUGUCCUGAGCCAGGACUCCUUAGACUACUACAGCAGCUCAGAGAGAGGAGCCCGCAGACUGGGAACACUGGUGCUCACCAACCUCUGCUCUGUCAUCUGGCCAGACAAACAGACCUUCAAGGAGACGGGGUACUGGAGCAUCACAGUGUAUGGGCGUAAGCACUGCUACAGGCUGUACACCAAGCACUUCAACGAGGCUGUGCACUGGGCCUGCGCUGUCCAGAAGGUCAUCGACACAAAAGCCCCCGUGGAGACGCCCACUCAGCUCCUGAUCCGAGACAUUGAGGAGAACAAGUUUAACCCUGAGGUGGUAGAUAAUAUGUACCAGCACAACCCCAUCCUGAAGCACACCCAGAGCCCCCUGUAUGCCCCCCUGCUGCCCUUCCCUUACAGCAGCAUGGAACACACCUACCACAGCGGUAAGGGCUACGCCACAGUGCGGGAGGAAGCGGUGAAGCUCUUCAACUGUCUGCAGCAGCUGGAGUGUGCGCGGGACCCGGUGCCUCUGAUCCAGGGCGUGCUGCAGACCUGUCUGGACCUGCGGCCGCUGCGGGACGAGGUCUACUGCCAGCUGGUGAAGCAGACCAGCUGCACGCCGCAGCCUCACACCGCCGCACACCUCCGCUACUGGCAGCUCCUCACCUGCAUGAGCUGCACCUUCCUGCCCGGCCCCGCCGUGCUUAAAUACCUGCGCUUCCACCUCAAGAGGAUCCAGAGCCAAUUUCCGGAGUCUGAGAUGGAUAACUAUGCGUCGUUCAUCGGGGAGGCUCUGGAGAAGACACGGUGUCGGGAAUGUGUUCCCUCCUGGGAGGAGAUCCAGGUGCUGAUGGGGAGACAGGAGAUGCUGUGUACAGUUCACUACCCGGGACCAGGCUCCUGUCAGCUCCACAUCAGCUCACACACCACCGCCAACGAGGUGGUAAGGAGGAUGUUGGAGAAGCUGGGUCUGAAGGAGAGCAGAAACACUUUUUCCCUGUUUGAGCAGAACGCCCACUGGGAGAGAGCUGUAGGGGGCAGCACCAUCAUCGCUGACAUCCUCACCAGGUUUGAAAACCUGUCUGCCAAAGAGUCAGACUCCCAGUGGAGGCUCUGCUUCAAACUCUACUGCCUUCUGGAUGCUGACGCCAUAUCUGUCGACAACAUCGAGUACCUCUUCCUCUUUGAACAGUGCCAUGAGAUGGUGGUGCGAGGUCAGCUCCCAGUCUGUGAGGAGGACCUCCAGACCCUGGCUGCCCUGCGGCUUCAGUCUGUGAUCGGGGACUUCAGCACCCACUCCCCCUGCCCCCCUCUGGACGAGCUCUUCCCCGGCCACAUGGUAGAGGCCCGGCUCCUCAUGCCCCCUGUGCCCCCCCCGCCCUCCUCCCCGGCACCCAGCCCCCGGGCCAGGGCUGCCCCCAGCGCUUCCCCGGGGGUCUCCUGGGAGGGGCGUUGUGGAACCAUACGGCCACUGCAGCCCACAAGCAGAAGGUGGAGCAGGACCUGCGGCUACGCAGCCGUCUGA